UUAGUGAACAUUUUAAAUCACAAACUUCACAUCACAUGUGUGGUGAAUGGAUGUGAACAAGAUGUAUUGGUGUAAUACAUAGUGUAAAUAACAUCGGUGUGCUGUUUUAACAUGGUUUGAAAGAGGAAAUCACGCUUACGAGACACGAUGGGCGACGUUAGCAGUAAUGGCAGCUCGGAGAAGAGUUGCAACACUGUCAUAAGCAUCACUCCAUGGCAGCAGAUGAUUUCAUCAUGUUCGGGGGCAAUACUGACUUCUUUUUUUGUGACACCAUUAGAUGUGGUGAAGAUCAGACUUCAGGCUCAGAACAGUCCUAUGAAGAGAGGACAAUGCUUUUUAUACUGUAAUGGAUUGAUGGAUCACGUGUGUUGGUGUAGGAAUGGGAAUGGAAACAACACUAAACCUGUUCAUUGGUAUAAAAGGGGCUUACCGCAGCCUUUCACAGGCACACUGGAUGCCUUUAUGAAGAUUUCCCGACAAGAAGGCCCAACAUCUUUAUGGAGUGGUCUCCCGCCGACUUUAGUGAUGGCUGUUCCUGCCACAGUUGUCUACUUCACAUGUUACGAGCAGUUUCGGAACAAGCUGGGCUACCGUGAUGGACUUGAACAGGGGCAAUGGUGGAAACCUAUGGUAGCUGGUGUGACGGCCCGCACCUGGGCUGUGACAUUAAUUAGCCCCCUUGAGAUGGUACGCACAAAGAUGCAGUCAGAACAGCUUAGUUACACUGCCGUGUGGAAAUCUGUCAAGAAAAUGGUUCGACGGGAUGGAGUCAUUAGAUUAUGGAUGGGACUUGGUCCCACAUUACUUAGGGAUGUCCCCUUUUCAGCACUGUACUGGUUUGGAUAUGAGAGCUUUCGGUCAAUGCUGCAGAAGAUUCAUGGGAAAGUAGGAAUCAAUUUCUGGGAGAAUUUCUUUGCUGGUGCUGCCUCAGGUGCUAUUGCUGGAGUAAUAACACUACCAUUUGAUGUCAUCAAGACCCACCGACAGAUAGAACUAGGGGACAUGAUGAACUUGUCAGGUGAAAAACAGACAAGCUCAACAUUUCGUUUGAUACAAAAUUUAUACAGACAGCAAGGAGUAACCUCCCUUUUUACAGGUAUUGUUCCCAGGGUAGUCAAAGUUGCUCCUGCCUGUGCCAUCAUGAUCAGUUCUUAUGAAUAUUUCAAGUCGAUGUUCAGAGAACACAACCGCCUGAUGCAGAAUUCAUUAGCGAUAUGAUCUUCCUCUGGCUCUUUGUUUUAUCUACUGACUGGUAUUAACAGCUGGUGCACACUAACAGUGACAAAUCAAACCCUCCAACUGACUGUUAUCAAAAAAAUGUAUAUUAAGCAGAACAGAUUAAUCAUUAUACUGUUUUUUUCCUUGGAGGUGGAGUUUGCCAUUGAGUGGAAAUAUAAGCCAUUGAGUGGAAAUAUAAGCCAUUGAGUGGAAAUAUAAGAAUUGAAUGACUUGACCAUUUAAGACAUGAGUGUGAGAAAAUAUUUGCCCUGAUGUUGAACCCCUAGUGGUGUGAAUAUUUUCACUACCAGGUAAUUCUGGAAAUAUGAAUGUGAUGUUUAUACUUAAUGACAGUGCAAGGUCUGAUUACAGUGGAUAUUUGAACAUGACAAAGGGAGACUGAUAUAUCUAUAAAUCAGCCCUAUCUACAGCCGAGUGGCUGUCAAAUUUAUAACAGUAUUGUAAGGAAUGUAUAAAAUACCUCAAGUGGAAGUAUACAACUAAAGACAUUUAAUGCAAAUUUAUAACAGUAUUAUAAGGAAUGUAUAAAAUACCUCAAGUGGAAGUAUACAACUAAAGACAUUUAAUGCAUUUCAUUGAUGGAAUUCCUAUCUUCCAGUGAGAAAGUAAUAAGUUGUGAAGUGAAAGUGUGGGUGUAAACUUUCCUUGUAAAAUGUGUGAAACACAGCUGUUAUUUUUUCACUAUACUUUUGUGAAGUUAUUUUCCAUGUACAGAAAUGUUUUGUAUCUUAUGAUGCAGAAAUGCAUUGUAUCUGAUGUAUAUGUUGUAUUGAAGACUCAGUCUUCUGUACAGGUUUAAUUUGUGAAAUAUAUAGGAAUUUAAAAUUUCACUUGCCUACAUUAAUUUUACCUGUGAUAUUUUUAGAUCUGCAUAUUCACUUAAAACAGUCACUGCAGAAUAUAAACCAAAUCACACACAAUGAAUAUUCCUGUGAAAUGAAGAUUGAUUAUAUUAAUCAGAAAAGGUGAAGAUUUGUUGCACAAGAAUGUUUUCAGUUGACUGAUGUGGGAUAUUUAUCUACGAAGGAUAUGCUGAAAUUCUAGUUGAACCCAUUGCGUUUCUUCAUAAGAUAUUAAAUGAUCACAUGUGUGUGACCAAGUUUAAGUUCAUCAAAAUACCCAAAAGUGGUAAUACAUGUACUAAUUAUGUGUGUCUUCAAGGUCACUUAUUGUGUGUGUGCCUUCAAGGUCAGAGAGUAAUUACCUAAGCCAACUUGAGAGGGUGAAGGUGUAAAUGUUAUAUUCCAGAGUUUAUUGCCUGCUAGUGUACCAUGUAGCUUAAUACAGGAAUGAUAUGUAGAAAAAUCUCAUAAUUUUUUAACAAACCUGAAUUAAACACUUGAGCUUGGUGUAAAUUGUAACACAAAGACUACAGAAAGGAGGUCCACAUACUUUUCUGUAAAUAUUGCAGCUGAAAGUUGAACAAAGUUAAUCAUGUAAAUACUGUACAAAGUAAUAUUUUAUAAGACAUAUUGGUUUUAUACAAUUCCUCGUCCAAUGUACAUGUAUCUAAAUACCUUUUCCGUAUGUUUAUUGUAUAAAGUAACAAUAUAAAUUAUGUACAUGUACUACAGUUAAUUUAUGUGUUCAGACUGAUUCACCAUGUUACACUAAUGUAUAUAGCCAGUCAUUGUCGGAGACCAACGGUUUGUACUGUGACGCUACACUUAUCACAAGUGUAUUGCAAUCGACUGUGAUAAGUGUAGCAUAUCAUAUAUUAGGUACAAUCAACCGUUGGUCUCCGACCAUGAUAACCAGUUUGAUAACUUUUUAAGUUGAUAACAAGGGCAUUGAAGGAGAAAAUUUAACCAGUUCAUGGGAUAUGAUCGUGUCUAUGAGCAGUUUUAGUUUAGUGCUAGAUGUAAAUUUUGAAGUAAUUUCUGUUUUAAUGUUUGAUGUACAUUUUAAAGUAAUUUCUAGUCGGUUCACUGCCAUGGUGACUUGGUACCUCAUCAUGGAUGCCGAAUCUAGUACACUGGGUUCAUUCUUGUCAGUGGGUAACCAUGUCUGGUACACUGUACCAGUCCUUAGAAUAAAUAGAUAUAAAAAAUGGGUAAUUAUUGAUUUUCAAUGUAACAUUGAAGAGUAUUUUAUAAAUAAAACAAUACAAUAUUGAU